GUGGCAACCCUGUUUCAGCUACCAUUUUGCAAAAGAUUUUGCUCAACACGUGUUCGCCGCUGGUUUUGUGUGGAAUUAAUAUUAAAUAUUACCUACAAUGGCUGAGGAAUCUUUCUACGGAGUCACUUUGACCGCCGAGAGCGACAGCGUCACGUGGGAUGUGGACGAGGACUACGCACGCGGCCAGAAGCUGGUCAUCAAACAGAUCCUUUUGGGCGCUGAGGCCAAGGAGAACGAGUUCAACGUGGUUGAGGUUAAUACACUGAAGGAUUCGGUGCAAAUUCCGAUCGCAGUAUUGAAGGCCGGAGAGACGCGCGCCGUCAAUCCCGAUGUGGAGUUCUACGAGUCCAAAGUGACGUUCAAGCUCAUCAAGGGCAGCGGGCCCGUCUACAUCCACGGGCACAACAUCAAGGACGAUGUUGAGGUGGUCGACAUGGAGGAGGAUGAUGAGGAGGACGACGUGGCCGAGGAUGAGGAGGAUGAGCACCCAAAGAAGCGCGCCAAGAUCGAAAACGCCGCCGAUGGAAAAAAUGCUAAGAACAACAAGAAGAAGUAAACAGCUUACCGCCAAUCAUCCAUCGAGGUUUAAGCUAUAAACGUGUAGAUUUUAAAGCAAAAACAGUUUUAGGCCCUAUAUUACAAUACGAUGCAUACUGAGAAUACAAUCUAGUUCCUUUUGAACAGCUCCUUUUACAUUCAAUUCAAAGACAACGUUGUGUGCUCGGGUCGUGUUAUCCUAAGCGAAUGGUCUGUCACUCAGCCAGGAGUUUCGCUCCCCGUUGGGAGCAGAUCGGACUGUGACUGAUCCGACACUAAUCGAACACACAGAUUUGUAUAUAUAUUAAAAUAUAACUAAAGCUAAGCCGGACUUCCUGUACGCGCCUCCUUCAUAUUUGCAGUAUGAAAAUAAACUGUCGUCGGAAUACAAA